CGAACCGCCACAGUUGUUGCCCAAAGCGUCGGUGCUAAUUCGCGCGCACGCAAGGCUGUACGCCAAACGGCGUCGACGCGUCACACGUCCAAAAAGCGCCGCGCGCCGCAGCGGGCAGCCCGCCGCAGCCAUGAUGUUCGACGCCGUACCUCCACCAAAUGGAACACCUACUGGAGACGACGGCGCCGCCUACGCCACCUUACUGAACACCGUCGAGAGCCUCCAGGCGGACCUCCAACAGACCAUCACGACCUGCCAUUCCCUAAGGGAGCAGAACGCGAUUUUGCAGAGGGACCACGAUAAAGCAAGGGAGGAGGUACUUAGGCAAAGGGAAAAGGUCGCCGCCAAUAGAACUGAAUUAGUAGAACAAGCUAAAGCCAAGAUCGAGGCCGAUCGGGCCACGGAAGCGCUCGUGGCGAAGUGGAAGGUCCAGCUUGACUCGAGGACCAGAGAACUCGAGGAGGUGCAAAAGAAGUUAGUGCCCCAGGACUUAGAUAUGUUAAGGAUCCAAAUUCAAGAGGAGCUCGAGGUGCCGCACCAGCAGAAGAUUUCGGACCUCGAGGCGGAGGCGCGAUCCUUCCAACAGAUGUUUUUCAAUGUGCGGAGGGAGCUCGAGCGGUCCAAGACGGAGUUCGCGGCCUAUACCGAGCACCAGGAGGCCGCGCGGGCGUCGGACCGCGCGACGCAUGAUGCGGAGCAUCGGGGGUUGCGUCGAAGAGUCGUCGAGCUCGAAGCUGCCGCUGCCGAUGGUCCUGAUGGCGCGGAUUUGCAGCGCGGUUUGGAGGCCAAAGUCCUCGCGUUGGAGGUCAAAUGUCGGGAAUUGAUGAAGGAAAAUGAUGAUUUGCGGAGGGAGCACGACGGCGCCAUUGGUGAUAAAAAUGCUGCUGUACAAGGAAGGGCGGAGGACGCGUGUGCUGCCAAAGCGUUAACUGGACAGUUAAAAACUGAUGUAGUGGGUCUAGAAAGGAGGUUGGCCGAGGCGACGAAUCGCAUCACGAAGCUCGAACAGGAUGUGGAGAGCAAACAGCGAGACUUAGACGCAGCAAAAGAAAAUUACCGGCUGGCGUCGAUGGAGAGCGAAAAAAGGGACAGAGCUCGGUUGCAGCGCGUGGCGGACGCCGAGAGCGCCGCCGUCGAUCUUAGGAGGGAAGUGGAUGCUGCGCGCGCUGAGUUACAACGAGACGCUGAUAUGUAUGGGAGAAAACUAGAACAGUGCGAGACCGAACUGUCGACGGCGAAACGGCAGGCCUUUGAAGCAAGGAUGCAGUGCGACGCCACGGUCAAUACGGCGAGACAGGAAUGUCGCGAGUUGUGUGCGUCACUCGAGGAACGUCUCGUACAACAAGACCUCGACAAGUCGGCAGCGGAGAAGCAGAAGCGCGACUUCGAGCAGCAGGCCAUUGACGAGUCGCGGAAGCUGCAGGCCGAACUGAAAGUACUUACUGGUAAGGUCGCACGACUGGAGGGUGAUGUGGAAAAAACUCAUAAGCCGAAGAUUCAGUUGUUGGAAGACGAGAAGGCUCGAGUGGCGUUGGAUAGAGAUGCUCACAAAAGACGAGCUGAUGCUCUAGAAGCGGCGGAGAAUGCUGCAUUGAAGGCGGUGGACGACAAGGACCGAGCUGUAUUGGACGUCAAAAAGGCCGAGACGAAGUAUGCUGAAGCUAGACGCGAGGCGGAACGGUUCCGGGAAGAGAUUGCUCAUUUAAGAGAGACUCAUGCUCGCGAGUUGGGCGAUGUUCGGGCCCAAAUCGCCGAAGACAAGGCCCACGUCGCCGAAGCCAUAAGGGCCGAGACGGACGCUAUCAGGAGGGAGGCCUCGGCGGAGCUCAAGAAGGAGCGGAAACGGUCGGCGGCCUACAAGGAGAAGUGCCUCCAGGCGCACAACCGCGAGAAGCGUCUCACAUCAACAUUGAAGGCUACGACCCGAGCGCAAGCCGAGGACCUCGUGGCCUAA